AUGACUUCGGAGCCGCAGCUUUCUGGACGAAGGAUUCAAGUCAUUGGGGUUACGGGAGCAGGAAAGAGUACUUUCGCACGGCGACUAGGCAAACAGCUUUCCAUACCGGUAUGCGAACUGGACCCUCUCUUCCACAAGUCCAGAGCCGGUGGCGCCCUAUCAGAAGACGACGCCCGACGUAGCGUCCAGGCUCUGGUCGAGUCGAACGACGAGUGGAUUCUUGACGGCAAUCACUGGGUUCAGUUGAAGGACGUAUCCUACAAUAUAGCGACAGACAUCCUUUAAGUGCUGACCAUCCCCGGCGUUCUGCGAAGGGAGCUCUCAGGCGAUAGCUUAAUCGCAUCGUCACUCAGAGUCCGAGCGAAGAAGCGAAGAAACACGCCAAUUGGAGCAAGCGUGUCGAAACGGAUUCCAGGUGGAAGCGCUUAG